AUGUCCACGAUCCUGAUUGUCGGGGCCACGCGAGGCCUGGGUGCCAGCUUGGUCAAACAGUACGCCGCGACCGUCGGCAACGUCGUCUAUGGAACCGCUCGCUCCAGCACAACCCCUCCUGGCUUUCCGGAACACGUCAAGUGGCUCAACGGCGUCGACCUGACCAAGAGUUCUGUCGGAGACGACAUUGUCAAGCUGCUCGGCGACGCCAAGCCCUUGUCCAACCUCGUAAUCACGGCCGGCUACUUCUCCACCGAGGAUUUCAGCGCCGAAAAGGGUCCAAAGUGGGAUGAGGAGCUCCGGAUGUACACGACCAGCUCCGUUGCCCCCGUCUUCAUCGUCCACCGGCUAGUCCACGCCGGGCUGCUGCGUCAAGGCUCCAAGGUCACCCUGGUGUCUUCCGAGGCCGGGAGCAUCCGGCUCCGCCACGACAAGGAAGGCGGCGGCAACUACGCCCAUCACGCGAGCAAGACGGCCCUCAACAUGGUCGGCAAACUACUGAGCUUGGACCUCAAGGACAAGGGCGUCAUCGUCACCCUCGUCCACCCCGGCUUCAUGCGGACCGAAAUGACAAAGGGCGUCGGCUACGACAAGUACUGGGACGCUGGCGGCGGUGAGUCUGCGUACCUUGCUUGCUCGUUGCGUCUUCUGCCUCGGAGGCAACUCCUCGCUCGUGGCGGGUAUCAAGCUGACCUGACGACAUGA